AUAUAUGUAUUUAUACGCUCAUAUUAAGUGAGUAAUGUUGACAUUUUUUUAAAAUGAAAUUUUAGAAACAAUUUAUCAAAAAGUUAUAUUUUAUUAGAAAAUAUAUAUGUUAAGUUUACUGUUAACAAACAUAUUAUUCGCAAAAUCAGGAAUGACUUUAUUUAGGAUCAAUCCGUAACAUGGUAAUUUAGAAUUUGACUAAUUUGUGCUAUAGAUUUAAUAGCAAAUUAAUUUUUAUAGCAAAAUAGAAUAAAAUAGUAUAUAUAUGUAAGCAAUAUAUGUAUAUAAUAACGUAACGAAAUGUUAGCUACGUUCUUUCUUUCGAAGAGUACUAAAACUCAAAUUAUAUUGCCAUUUCAAAGGUUAAAUAUUACGUUUAAUGUAAUAAGAACUAAUUUGUCAUCAUCAUCAUCUGAUUCUUCUUCUUCUGAUUCUGAUUCGGAUUUGGAUGCUGAAAUUUCUAAUGAAAUUAGAGAUAAAUUAAGAGGUAUAGACUACUUACAAAGUGCAAAAACAGCACGAAAAAGAAGACAAAUAGAGCAUGAGUUAACCAAAGCAGCCCAAAUUUUAACUACAACAUCAGACCAAGAUAAAGGAAAAAUUCUUUCAGUUUUGUUAGAUAGUAUCAGUAAAAUUCAGACUAUAGUUAAUACAUCCAGUAAAAGUAAAGAAGAUGAAGCUAAAGAUAAGACAAGGACUAUUAAUAAUGAAUCUAAAGAACCACAAAAAUUAUCUACAAUUCGUAAGCUUCAAAGUCAGCAAAAGGAAGUAAGGGAUGUUAAUGAUAAGUUUGAAAGAAAAUAUGAAAGACAAAAGAAACCAUCAAUAAUUGAAAUGCUUAAAAGCCAGUCAAGUAUGAGAAAGGAUACUGAUGAUAAGUUUGAAAUGAAAUAUGAAAGACGAAUGGAACCAUCUAUAAUUCAUAACCUAAAAAGUCAGCAAAAGGAAGUAAGGGAUGUUAGUGAUAAGUUUGAAAGAAAAUAUGAAAGACAAAAGGAACCAUCAAUAAUUGAAAUGCUUAAAAGCCAGUCAAGUAUGAGAAAGGAUAUUGAUGAUAAGUUUGAAAAGGAAUAUGAAAGACGAAUGGAACCGUCUGUCAUUCAUAAGCUACAAAGUCAGCAAAAGGAAGUAAGGGAUGUUAGUGAUAAGUUUGAAAGAAAAUAUGAAAGACAAAAGGAACCAUCAAUAAUUGAAAUGCUUAAAAGCCAGUCAAGUAUGAGAAAGGAUAUUGAUGAUAAGUUUGAAAAGGAAUAUGAAAGACGAAUGGAACCGUCUGUCAUUCAUAAGCUACAAAGUCAGCAAAAGGAAGUAAGGGAUGCUAGUGAUAAGUUUGAAAGAAAAUAUGAAACACAAAAGGAACCAUCAAUGAUUGAAAUGCCAAAAUAUGAAACUCUGAGAAAAUCAUCUGUAAUUGCAAAACUAAUGAGCCAGCAAAAGGGAUCCAGUAUCAUUGAUGAUAAUGAGAGAGAUAAUAUAGAUUAUGAAAGAAUCUUCGAUGAUUUUCCGGAAAAUACUGAUGUUCCUAAACUUAAAAUGUGGGACACUUGGGAAAGGGAGAAAUUGCAAUUUUUAACAUCUAAAUACCCUACAAAUGCAUUUCAAGAAAUGAUUCAAUGGUCUAAAGAAGGAAAACUAUGGAAAUUUCCUAUAGAUAAUGAACAAGGGAUGGAAAAGGAGCAAAAUGUGCAUUUCUCAAAGCAUGUAUUCUUAGAACGUGAGUUGAUACCAUGGUGUCCUCCCAAGGGUCCAAUACGACAUUUUAUGGAAUUGGUAUGUGUUGGACUUUCAAAGAACCCAUAUAUGACAAUUGAAGAAAAGUAUAAUCAUAUAAUGUGGUAUAAAAAUUAUUUUAACGAUAAACAUGAUUUAUUAGAAAAAUUAGGAAUUUUAGGAUAGAACUAGUACAAAAAACUGGCAAAAAAAAAACAAAUUGAAAUGUAUUAACUGUUUUUUAAAAAUAAAGAUGAAAUAAAAUGAUACACGUAA